GAAGUUAUGUUAGUCAAGAUGCAGAUGACGAUGAUGAUGACCCUGGCAAUGUUAGCUGGCAUUGCUUUGGCUGACGGAGAGAUCUUGUCGGAAGAGAUAGGGGAAAACUUACUGCUAAACCUGUCGUGUGAUGAUGGAGAAUACCUAAAUAUAGAGAGCGCAAGAUACUGGGCACCUCAUUCAUUCAUGGGGCUCUGCACUGACCAACAUGAUGCUUUUGAAAAAACUAGCAAUCACUGCAAUCUUAAGGGAUCAUGUUCGAUAAACACGAGCCCGGGUAGUUUCUUUGGUGAUCCAUGCUGGGGUGCGUGGAAGAAACUGGCAGUAUCGUACAUUUGCCAGACAUGUGACGAGGGAGAACUGUUUGUUGAGAGGGUAGGAUGUCAAGAAGUUCCUGCAGUUAUUCAGGUACUACCUCAGGUACUACCUCAGGUACUACCUCCAGUCCAGCCUUACAGAAAUGACAAUCGAUGUGGUCCGAAGUUCCCCCUCGGAGAUGGCUCUGCCAGUCAGUGUAACCCUGGAAGGUGCUGUUCUAGGCAAGGACGGUGCACAAACAAAACAAAACAGUGCAAAGUCAAGGGCCGAAAAUAGAAUUUGAGAACAUAUCGUCGUCCAGAAAAACAGCAGAUGGGUGGAAACGAAUUUGAAGCAUGAUUUGGACAAUUUCUCGUCGGAGAGCAAUAAGAUUUGGAUAUUUGUAAAGAGGUCAACCA